AUGGAAACAAUUCGCCGCACUCACGUUCAAUCCCUCGCCCACCGUGGCACAAUCCAAGGCGUAACAAUAUCAACAUUGUCUUCUCCUACCAGCCAAGCCAAAGACCUCUGCCACUACUUUGGCGGCGUCCGCUACGGCCUUGCCCCCACCGAGCGCUGGCGCCGCGCUCAGCCCCUUCCCGCAUCCUUCGCAUACGGCAGCAAAGAAGCACCGGGUCAUUGUGAGGGAGGUGCGGGACUUUGUCCCCAACCAGGCUUUCUGAAUAUUUCACCAGAAAACCCGGAUGCGUGGAACGAGGACUGCUUUCAAUGUAAUGUCUGGACGCCUAUUGCGGAAACGCCUGAGGGGGGAUGGCCGGUUUUCGUUUUUAUUCAUGGCGGAUGGCUUCAAUUCGGCACGCCCAAUUCAUUCAAUCCGGCUGCAUUGAUCGGCGAGGCUCAUCUUAACUGCGUGAUUGUGAUGCCCGCGUACCGGGUCAACCUAUUCGGAUUCCUGUAUUCAGCGGAAUUAGAGGAGGACGCGGCCACUGUCGGCGAGACGGUUGGCAACCACGGAUUCUGGGACCAGAGACUCGCACUGGAAUGGACGAAGGAGAACAUCCAUCUAUUCGGCGGUAAUCCGGAGAUGAUCACGAUCUCAGGAUAUUCCGCAGGUGCCAACUCCGUCUUCCACCAACUAGCCUAUGACCUCCGCCAACCAGACGAGAACUCUCUCGUCCGCCAAGCCUGCAUCUGGUCAAACAGCCCAGCCGUCCAGCCCAAGCAGCCAACCGAAACACAAACCCAAUUCAACCAACUCCUAACAGCUCUGGAUAUUCCCCUCACCCUACCAUAUAGCGAGAAACUUACGCGUCUACGCGCAAUGCCCGCGAAAACCCUCCUCGACCAAGCCAAAACAAUCCCCCUCCACCAAUUCCGCCCAACAACAGAUACAUCCUUCAUCUCCCCAUCCCUCUUCGCAUCCCUUGACACCGGCACCUUCGCUCGCAGCCUCCUAGCCCGCAACAUUCGCAUUAUAGUAGGCGAAUGUUGCGACGAGCGUUUCCUCUACGGUACAUGGUUCCCACCGACAGAUAACACGCUUUCAGCACUACGCACCCGUCUCGUCGCAGAUUACCCGGAACAUAUCGUUGAUGCUGUUAUACCGCUGUAUUACCCAGACGGCCGUCUACCUGCGCACUGCGAGAACUGGGACCAGGACGCGUGGGGACGGAUCUAUGCUGAUAUGCAGGUUCACCAGAUGCAGCGUGGGCUUGCGUAUGCGCUGACGGAGAACGAGGACGGGGUUGAUGCUUCGUCAUUGUUGUUUCGGUAUCGGAUUGAGUGGCGGGCGAAGUGUGUGGAGGCUGCUUUGCCGGUUAGGUGGGGGGGUUACACAUUCGUCGGAUUAUCCGAUUUGGUUCUUUGGGAAUGGGGGGUUGUUGGGGGAGGCGGAGAAGGGGGUUGUUAA